UUUAGCUACUGAGCGUUUCUUCCAUGUGCUGAGCGAACCUCACAGCUCCAACGUGGGACUUUGCCGGAAAAAAGGCCCCCAUUAUUAAUACAAGGCAGUGACGGAUCACGCUAUGGAGACUGUAAACCUGAACUAGACCAUCAAAAUGGCGGACUGGUUUCCCCCAGUCUUCGGCAUCUUCUACAGCACACUCCUCCUCGUCUAUACGUCCACCUAAGAUAUCUGGCGACGGUCGCCGCGGGUAGCUGACGGAUGUAUCUAUCCUGGCAGUCGGUCUGGCAAGUGUUGUUCACAAUAUGGAUGAUAAGGCCAUGAUCGCACACGUCACUGUGGAGAAGGAUGUCAGGUCGAGUACGGAAAAUCCAUGGCGUCUGGCUUUCCACCAUUCUCUCCGGCACACUCCUUUCCAUCACCCUCCACUUCACUUAAGUCCCCAUACAAACAUCCCGUCGUCGGCCGCAGCGACGGAGCCGAUGAAUAUGUCCGUCCCGGGAGUGAAUUCGGUAAAUGUUGUUCAAUGUAUAGAUGGCGUCAAAACGACCCCGAUGGCCAUUGUCGCCCUAGUUGCAAAGCCCAAAUACGGCCGAAGAAAUAUCUCUAGCCCUAUCUCGCCUAACGGCCGUGCGGCGGUAGGAACAGGGAGUUUUGUCUGUCCUAGAAGCAGAUGUGGUGAUUGCUGCUCCUUGAACGGAUUCUGCGGAUCACGAAGCGCGUAUUGUAGUAGAGGGUGCCAGCUGAAGUUUGGGAUUUGCGACGCUAGAUUAAAUGUAUUAAUGGCUAGGGUGUGUUCGAUGUUGGAUGAAGCCUGCUGUAACCGGUGCUGGGCGCACUAUGUGGACUGCCGUGGCGACGGGGGUAGACAAACUGUUCGACUAAAGUCUAAAAGGUGCCACGGUAUUGGCAGAAAUUUCUGUUGCUUUGUACGCUGUUUAUGUAAGGACAGUCGGGAGGUUGCGUGGUCACAGGCGUAGAUUUCGCUAGUGUACAGAAAUUGAGUCUGCCGACCAGAGAGGCAGUGAGGCAGACCGACAAGCCGUGUGGCAGCUGUGAGCCAGGCUAGGAGAGCGAUGUAACUCUUACCUUGUGCUUCAACUCUUUCAGGAGUG